UUUUGUAACACAGUUGCCGCGCGGCACAGUUUCGCACGGGAUUGUAGUGGCCGCUUUGAAGUGUGAUUGUGAUCUGUGUGGCUGGGUUUGUUUGAUCCUCAGUGCUGCAGCUCCCAGAUACUGGCUGGACAGGCACAUCCCUCCCUCCGUUGGAUCUGCCUUUGAGCCUGGUGAUCCCUGGGGUAUCUGCAGAAGGUGCCAAACAGGAGGUACGCAGACAUUUCCAGAUAACUUUGGAGCUGGUCAGGAUUUGCAAUAGUUUUCCAGCUGAGAUUGGUAAGAAAGUUAGUUCAUAGAAACUUCACAAUUUUGGUUUGUGAAAAAAGGAACACUGCAGAAUCUUUAAUGAUGUCCAGUGCCAGCCAACUUACAGAGCAACAAAUCACUCCGAACACAGAAAAGGAUGUUCUCAAGGACGAUGAACUUACAGCUGAUUUAGAAAAGCGGAGCAGGAGUGGUAUAAUAAAUGAGCCAAUAAACAAAGUUUUAAAGAAACCCCGUUCAUCAACGCGCUUUUCGACAUUUGGCAGCAGUAGCUCAAUGAACGGGCAACUGCAGAAUGGAGGUAUCUUAGUAAAUGGAAAAGAUUCAACAGUUCUUCAAAACAGUUCUACCUCAAAGCACAAAAGAGUCUCUCACAUGCUGGACAAAUCUGACAGAUCACUGGAAAAUUCAUCAGAGGCACAGAGUGAAGUACACAUCAUUCCUUCUACAGAUCUUCAAAAGCAGGUGGAACCUGAGCAUAUUUUCCUCUCCAGUGAACGAGAAGCUGGUAUUUCUGACAUGGAGGUCGUAUCAGCAGCUGAAGCAAUAAGCAGUCCUGUUGAUCUGCCCUUCAUGAGCGGCAUUCCAUUGAAUCCAGGUGUUUUUAUUAUGACUCCUGCUGGGAUAUUCAUGGCAGAUAGUGCACUUCAGAUGGCUGGUCUGGUAGAAUAUCCCUUGCAGAAUGACCUUGCUUCAGCCAUUCAUUCUGGAAAAAAGAAGAGAAAGAGAUGUGGCAUGUGUGAACCCUGCAGGAGAAGAUUAAAUUGUGAGGAAUGCAGUAGCUGUAGAAAUCGCAAAACUGGCCACCAAAUUUGCAAACUGCGAAAGUGUGAGGAACUUAAAAAAAAACCCACAGCAGCAUUGGAGAAAGUGAUUCUUCCUUCAGGAGCAGCAUUUCGAUGGUUCCAGUAGAUGUGAGCACGCAAUUCCCAGAGUUGUGUCAUUAAGUGCAAUGUGUCUGCUUGCUUGUAUUGUCUCAGGCAAACAUUGUCGGCUGAAGUAAAUGGACGCACCCUGUGUUUUCUUAGAACCAAAACUCUUUCUGCAACUUUCAUUCCAAUUUUUAUGGAGGUGAAUUUUAUGUUGUAAGAAUAAAUAUCUUUAGUCAUUGUACAAUGUGUCAGUGCUAUUACAACAAAUCUGUAAAAUACAGUACCAAGACAAAUUGGGCAGAGUAUGGACAAUCAGAUUUUAUUUGUAUUUGAUGUUGAUGUCUGUUAUGUAUGUUGGAAGAUGCUAGGAGUGUUUAAGAAGUUAAUUUUACAGAUAUCUUUUAAGACUAGUUGACUGAACACACUGUUCUAGACAUAGCACAACGGUUCAAUUACAUGCCUUUUUCCAAUUUACCUUUCUUCUAUAUUUUAAUGCAUAUUUUCCCAAUAGUCAUUGGGUUAGUCAUUGAAUAAUGACACCUCUUGACAUUGGAAAAUUGAAUACAUAAGUAGGCACUAGAAUAUAAUUUUUAUUAUUUUGUUUGUAAACGUUUUUGUAAAUUGCUGAAUUAACAUCACUGCUGUGGUGGUCCUCCAGUCACUGGUUUACAUGUAAAAUCACCAGCUUCACACCAAUUGCAUGGUGCAUUUUGUAAUGAUUUGGCUGUUUUUGGGCUGUUUUAUGUAGAAAAUCAGUGUUUCUUUUGUGUGUCAAAUUUCAUUUUUUGGGGCUCAUAGCCUUGCAUGUGGCACUUGCCGACCUUUAUGAUGAGCAGACUGAUUUCUGGAAAUGGUGUUCAGGGAGGUUAGCUUUUUACAGUCCAGCAAAUUUUUCAUUGCUUCUUAUGCAAAAGUUCACUUAACACAGUUCUUCUAGUUAUUCACAGGAAAGAGUCAGUGUCCCAAUUGGCUUCCCUUGGUUGAUAACAGGAAUCUUUUGUUUCUAUAAUCUCCUUAUUAUGGCAGUGUCGUGUAGGCAGUGCCAUUGUCUGUCCACGCCAGCGACCUGGGUUUGAUCCUGACCUUGGGUGCUGUCUGUGUAGAGUUUCCGCAAUCUCUUUUUAAUUGCACAGGAUUCCUCCUGGUACUCCAGUUUCCCCACCCAAACCCCAAAGAUGUCUUAGAUAAUUGGUUACAGUAAACCCUCGCAAUAACAGACCGUGGGGGUGGGGGGGGGGGGGGGGGGGGGAGGAAAUGAUACCUGUAUCGCCAAUUGUCCACUAUAACCAAGUGAGGGGGGUAGAGUUUAACCCGAGGAUAUGAGGGAAGAAGCACGGCAUGGGGGGGUGGGGGGGUUUAAAUAAGUGGGAAUUCACAGGUUGAGGAGACCCCGGCUCUACACCCGAUGCACCAGGGACGGGCUCGGUACUCACGCCACCUUCAUGCUGCUCACUCUCCCCGCUCUCACAACUAGAAGCCAGGUGGCACCAGCUUGUUAAGUAACUGGCGGAAGUGUAGGGGGUGGUGCGACGGGAGCCUGUCUGCUAUAACCGAGAUCCGCUACAUAAUGGUCCGUUAUUGUGAGGGUUUCCUGUAUUGUUAAUUAUUUGCAGUAUAGGGACUGGUUGGGAGAAUGGUGGCUGUGAAUGAGUGAGAGAUUAUGGUAUAGGGUAAUGUGGGAUAAUGAGAUUGAAGGGACUGCUCGGUGGGCUGGCAUGGGCUGGAGGGGCUGAAUGGUCCCUUUCGAUAUCAGAAGGAAUCAUGUGUAAUAGGAAAAAGAUGAUAAUCAAAAAAGCAUGUACAUUCAUGGGUGAUGCAUACCAUAGAAGUUCCUCAAGGAUGACUAGGAAGCAGAGAUGCAGGAGCUAAUAGAAGAUCUGACUUACAGAAAUGCAACUCCACACAAAUUUCCCCCAGAGAACUUUCAAUACCUACAGACAAACAAUGUCUCUGUGAAAACACGCUUGCCAAUUGCACUCAAUCGUGGAUGUUGGUUGUAGAUUCUACAAAGUUCAAAAUAACAUUGAAUAAUGUAUGCUGAAAAUAUCUGUAAACGCAAAAGUCCAAAUGUUUAAACUGGUUUGAUUCACGAGAAAUGAAUUGUCGGGAUUUGAUUGCCUCUGCUGGCACAAUUUGCUCCUUUAUGACCGGCUGCAAAGGAGUGAACCUCUGCUGUUAUUUUUGUCGCCCACUCAUUUUCCCUUGCUGAGAAAUAGUCCCAUUCGAUUUGCGGAUAAAUUGGUUGGCGGAGAGUUCUCGGGAACAGAGCUCUAAUGUAGCCACAGAGUGCCUGUAUGUGGAAAAAGAAGGGCAGGAGGUUUUCAGUAAUAAUCAAAUAAUUUUACAGCCAAGUGAAUUGUAUUUUGAUGAUUAAAACAGCAAGUAAUAGCAUUUAUAGUUAUAUAACUGUUUGGAGAGGAGAAUAGCAUUUACAUUUUUGAUUUCCAGUACUUUAAAACAAUUAAUACACACUUUAAUGCGAUGAGUAUCAACAAUUGCACCUCACCAAAUUAAGCACUGAGGUCCUAAUGUAUUAAUAAUGCUAUGCACAUAAAAGUGGGUCAUUAAAUAAUUGGCAUAAGAAUGAAUCUUAAACCAGAUUGAAACUGUGUUCACAUUAUUGUGUUAUAUUCAGUAUGAAUUAAGCUGCUGUUGCAAAUGCUUCUUCCGGGGUAAAUUCAGAGUCAGCUUCCCACCCGACACCAGCAGAAAAUGGAACAAGAGGCCAAAUAAAGACUGUGUAAUCUUGCACUGCUUCCCUUGAUAUCACAUGAACUGAACUCCACGAAGCGUGCUUUAUACACACGCUUUACCACUGUAAACAUUUAGACGAAAGGCUGCUCCCCUUCUCCACUUUCCUGACACUUGAGUUAUCAGCUAUUGUAACAGAGCAUCAGAUCUGAAUAUAUUCAGGCAGACAUUGAGCUCUGGUUUGGAUAGAGCAGUUGAAUUUACAAGCAGGAUGAAGCUAAACAAUGUCAACAGGAAGUAUGAAACAGCAACAUAUAUGAUGUAAGCACCUCUUUUUAGAACAUGCAUUUCCUAUAUUUAAAGAGCCAAUUUAUUUUAGAAAGCACUGAUGUCAGUAUCUUGUGUGAAACACAUGGUUUUGGGGUGGAGGGGGUGGGGGGUUGAAUAAUGGGAAUGGAAAUCUUGGGAAGUAGGUCACACCAGGCAGAAGCAAAUAGAAUGAGAAAGAAAAUAGUGGGCAGCCAGUUGGCAGUUUGCUAUCAUUUGCUUUGUGCUACCACACAGGAAAAAUCUACAACCUCUGUAGAAUUCAUCAUGUUGGAAGCAAAGAAAGAUUGCUGGUUGAUAGCCAUCCUAAAUAGCUGCUAAUUUGAACUGGUGGAAAUUAGUUUGGGCAAGAAUCAAGGUGUAGGAGUCACUGUUAACCAAUGAUAAUCACAGUCAUUGUUGAUCUCUUAUCCAAAAUAACUGAUGUGUUUUAAUUAGUUAUACUUUUUGAAUAAAAAGUGUGCACAAAUAAUGGUGAAACAUGUUUCUUUCCCCAGAAACAUACGUUUUAGAGACCUUGAUAAAUUAGAGAAAAAGUAAUGGCUGUGGCAAUUCAUGAUUUUUUGGGGAAUAUUCUUCAGAGUAAAUAUUGGUUCAGGGUCAAUCAUAUGAUAAUAUAUAGGAAUUUUCUGUUAUAAACUAGGUUCAUGCUACUUUGAAAUGAUAUUUAAAACCUUUGGUUCUCUUUCUCAGCGUGAGCACUGAUGUUUUUAUUUUCUCUCUUUUAAUGAUUUCCCGAUCUUGUGAAAGAGCAAUGUUGAUUUGCCAUGAAACACAUAAAAUAUAUGGAUAUAAUUUUUUUUUUUCUCUUUAUGUAAUUCAUUUCAGUGUUGUAAACUGGUCUUAAGAUUUGGUAUGUUUAAAGCAAAAACAGCAAAAGAAAAUGGAACAAAAUAUAUGCAUCAGCAAUAUGAUGUCUUGUCUGUAGCGAUUCUGUAUACAAAUAAAAGAAGUACUGUAAAAUUUA